GAUAUAGUGAAUGCAGGGUCCGGGGAUUGUGGAGAGCAGAUAUAGUGAAUGCAGGGUCUGGGGAGAGCGGAUAUAGUGAAUGCGGGGUCCGGGGAGAGCGGAUAUAGUGAAUGCGGGGUCCGGGGAGAGUGGAUAUAGUGAAUGCGGGGUCCCGGGGAGACCAGAUAUAGUGAAUGCAGGGUCCGGGGAGAGCGGAUAUAGUGAAUGCGGGGUCCGGGGAGAGCGGAUAUAGGGAAUGCAGGGUCUGGGGAGAGCGGAUAUAGGGAAUGCAGGGUCCGGGGAGAGCGGAUAUAGCGAAUGCGGGGUCCGGGG